ACAAACUGAUUUGUACGGUGUGUAGAAAGCAGCUCACCGCAGUUCAGUUGGUUGGAUUGCAAGAUUAACAAAAACAAAAACCUCGUUAGUUGAGGCUCAAGUCUGUCGUGUAUUACUUUCUCGCAAUGAGUACCAUUAAAUGUCGACUAUGCCUCUGUUUAGUGGAUAAACAAAUAGACUAUUCAUGUUCACUCAAAGACGAUACUUUCUGCACCAUGCUGAAAACCGUAUUCCCGUUUCCCAUAUCAUCGGUGCAUACGGCCGCGAAUAAAACCUACAAUAUGCCCGCUUUGGUGUGCCUCCUGUGUGCGACAACCGUCCGUAACUUCUUUGAUUUCAGUCAAAAGGUUGCAGCUGUUCAGAAGCAACUGGAAAAGGAAUGUUCCGGCAACGAUGAUAGUAUGUCGAUUUCUGAGCUUCUUCAACUCAUUAAGACAGAGCCUGUGGAAGAUGUUAGUGAACCGAACGCCAAUGAAUCGCUCGACAUGUCUGUGGACAUCCAACCCAUUUCGAUGCCAACAAAUCAAAAGCAAAAUAACGAUCUAUGGAAUUUAAGCAGAAGUCAAGCAGGUCAGAGCCAUAAUCGGACCAGUGAUCGUACGGUUAAACCCAUAACUUGCAUUGAUAAAAACGAGGUGGUGGAAAGCAUUGUUGAUGUAGAAAGGCGUAUGAACUAUGUUGCAACACGACUGGAACAAGUUCUUCGAAACAACUUAGACCCCAGGCAUCGAAUUGAGCAACAAAUUUCUUUCGAUUUCAAAAAGAUUACUAAUAAGGAAGAGUUUAAAGCAUUUAACGAUAAAUUAGCUGAAAAGGCAUAUAUUAACAAAAUCAUAGAUAUGGUUGAUUUCAGAAUCAAAUCGAAUGAUGGCAAACAACGUAUGUAUAUAGCUUUCGAUUUAUUCUUUUGCAAGUCUUUUGUACCUCAAUGUAGUUGGACAGGAACCAGUGCAAAAGGCGUACCAGGAAAGAUUGCCUUCAUAUGCUUCCGUAAUAUUGUGCAGCUUUUCCAAUUGAUUGGCACCACAAACCAGGCAGUUAUGUCCCAGGAAGAAUUGUAUAAAUUUUUUAAGGUAAAGCUGCAGAAUGCAAAAGAAAGAAUGUUGCGAGGACAAGGGCUUCGUGAUGCGUACUACCGUAGGCCGUGUAAGAGAAAUUCGGUUAAGAAAACGGAUAAUGGAUCUAAACAAAAUGUGGGUGGCUUGACUGUCUAAAUGUCGAAUAAAGCUAUACAUUUUAUUUAUCAGCA